CACCUACGCAGAUUUCAUAUACUGUAUUUAACUACCGUUUAACGACCAACGCUGAACUCUUCAUUCUCAAGCAAUGGUAGAGUCCAACAAAAAACGCGGCCGAAAACCUAAAAAACCAACUUCAGACACCAUGGAUUUCCACUCAACCAACCCCGCCGCGUCCGCCGCCGUUGAAGACGCCGCCGCCGCGGUCCCCAAGCCCCAAACUCGCCGCCUCGGGCGCGGCCGUUCGCGUGACGGCGAAAAACACGUCGAAGACCCCAAUUCCGACAUCGCCGCCCCGCCGGAGAGGAGAAGCACGACGACCGCGGCGGCGGCGCCUCAGCCGAGGUGGGAGAUCCUGGAGAAAGUGGUGCCGGCGAUGGACGCGGUGGUGAAAGUGUUUUGUUUCCAUACGGAGCCGAAUUUCUCGAUGCCGUGGCAGAGGAAGCGGCAGUACAGUUCGAGCAGCAGCGGGUUUGUGGUCGGAGGGAGGAGGGUCUUGACGAAUGCGCACUCGGUGGAGCAUCACACUCAGGUGCAGCUCAAGAAGCGGGGGUCGGAUACUAAGUACUUGGCCACUGUUUUGGCCAUUGGAACUGAAUGUGAUAUUGCAUUGUUGACAGUGAAAAACGAAGAAUUCUGGGUGGGAGUUUCACCUGUGGAAUUUGGAGACUUGCCUGCAUUGCAAGAUGCCGUGACUGUUGUGGGCUAUCCCAUCGGAGGAGACACAAUCUCGGUGACAAGUGGUGUUGUGUCACGCAUGGAAAUACUAUCUUAUGUUCAUGGUUCCACUGAGCUUCUAGGGCUGCAGAUAGAUGCUGCUAUCAACUCCGGAAAUUCUGGAGGACCUGCUUUUAGCGAUAAGGGCAAAUGCGUGGGCAUUGCGUUUCAAUCCCUUAAAAAUGAAGAUGCUGAGAACAUUGGUUAUGUCAUACCAACUCCAGUUAUCAUGCAUUUCAUUCAAGAUUAUGAGAAAAAUGGAGCGUAUACAGGAUUUCCAAUUCUUGGAAUUGAGUGGCAGAAAAUGGAAAAUCCUGAUCUACGCAAAUCAAUGAGCAUGAGAUCUGACCAGAAAGGUGUUCUUAUUAAAAGAGUUGAACCUACAGCUUCAGAAUCCCAAGUUCUAAAGCCUUCGGAUGUUAUCCUUAGCUUUGAUGGGGUUAAUAUUGCUAACGAUGGAACAGUUAAAUUUAGGCAUGGGGAGCGCAUCGCCUUUAGUUACCUUAUCUCUCAAAAACAUACCGGUGACGAUGCUCUAGUGAAAGUCCUCCGAAAUUCAGAGAUGCUUGAGUUCAACAUAAAACUUGGAACUCACAAAAGGCUCAUACCAGCACACAUAAAAGGCAGACCGCCUUCUUACUACAUUGUUGCUGGAUUUGUUUUUACAGCUGUUUCUGUCCUGUAUUUGCGUUCGGAGUAUGCACAAAUUCUACUACAUACCGGAAGUUCUAGUCUUAUUGAGGAUUUUCAGUUAACACAAAAGCAUGAUGAGGUGAUCCUUGCCAAUGAAUAUGGAAGAGAUUAUGAAUUUGAUGCUCCUGUCAAACUAUUGGAUAAGUUUCUUCAUGCAAUGGCACAAUCUGUUGACGAACAGCUUGUCGUUGUGUCUCAGGUGCUUGCAGCUAACAUCAAUGUUGGGUAUGAGGAGAUAGUCAAUACUCAGGUUCUGGCAUUCAAUGGCAAGCCUGUCAAGAAUCUGAAGAGCUUGGCUAGUAUGGUGGAGAGCUGUGACGAAGAAUUUCUGAAAUUCGAUCUAGAAUACCAGCAGAUAGUGAUUCUACGGACUGAAACUGCUAAGGCAGCAACUUUAGAUAUUCUCAAAACAUACUGCAUACCUUCAGCUAUGUCUGAUGAUCUCAUGACAUGAAGCAGUUCAACAAGUAAAGGUGCAGAAUUUUUUCCCCGUGUUUUUGGUAGUAGCUAGCUAACUUAAGAUCCCCUUAUAUGAGUUUAUAGGACACUAACAGGCGUUAGAUUGAUAACUUUUUGGCCUUUUCAUGCCAUCCGGCAUUACAAUAUUGUCCAUAAGAUCUGAGGGGGGCAUAGAUUGCUAUUUCUUAAUAGUUGAGUUGAUCACACUGGAAAUUGGAAUCGUUUCUCUAUGUGUAUCCUCGUUUGGGUUUCUGUAGAAGAGAGGAAGGAUUUGCAUUUUUGUCCACAUGCAAUCAAAAUGCUUUAUUUUAGUGACCUCUUGUGUAAAAUUAGGCAGUGAAAUAUUUCAUUCAAUAUCAAGCUUACCAUUAAGAAUUGGAAAAUCCAUAGUUUUGUAGGUUUCAUUUUCUUUUGUGAUGGAAAUGUGUACAGAAUUUUCUUAAUAGUUUCCUCAUAAGUUCUGUG